GCUUGAAACUUGAAGUGCACAAAACCGAAAAAACCAGUGAGACAAGAAAAGACCAGACUCUGCAAAACCGCUGUUGGAUGUAGUGAUUCGCGUUACACGAAUCCUUAUCGUACGCCUAAGUGAAUUUUUAACGUCCACCCACAUCUCAGAACCGGUAAAGCAGCGGGCAAAGUACUCCUACCAAAUUUGGAGUCUUAUCUGACUUCUGUGUACUUCUCAAAGCUGUGUUUGCUUUCCAAGGCCUUUCUUUGAGAAAAGGGAGAAUUUCUGCAUGUCUGGCUUCAUUUGGAGCUAGAUCUUUACAAGUUUUUGGGUUUAGAGAAGUGGGUUUUGUAUUGCUGGAUCUGAUUCUUAUGAAUUUGGAAGGUAAUGUUUAGGGUUUUGAUUUUCGCAUGCAAAGCAAAGGAAACCCAUAUCUCUUAUGCCUGAUUCAUUCAACAUGGGAAGCUAGUAGUAUUUAUUAACCGGGUUAGUGGGUUUGGGUUGAAUUCGAUUCCUUCUUCUGGUGAGAAGGAAUAAAGGAUAAGGUUAUGGAUUAUAUCUGUUUGGACUUGUUAGCUGAUUUCUCUCAAUCUGCAUCUAGCUUGCUGCAAGCAAACAAAUAACAAAGAGGGUAAUAAGGCCAAGAUACUCUUCCAUCUUUCGUUGUUGUGUUCUUGUCGGUUACUGAUUCAAAAAGGAACUGAUAUAAGAGUGAGACAAGAACACCGAAAAAGAGUUGCAAUACAAAUAUAAGCUAUCCUUAGCUUAUUGUCUCUUGGAUUUCUUUUUGUGUUCGAAAGCCUAGGCCUUUCUUGGUUCUAUCAAGAAUCAAACAUGGCAAAUCGUUGGUGGGCUGGAAAUGUUGCCAUGAGCGGUGGAGAUCCAGUAUCUUCGAUUCCAUCUCUUCAAUUGAGAAAUCUUGAAGAAGAGAGUACUCCUCCAGGUUCGAACCGUUUAGGUCCAAGAAGAGAACAAAAUUUCAUUGACACCAACACCAAUAGCCCUAAAACAACCACCACCGCCACACCUCCCAGUGCUCAAAACCAAAGCCACAACCGAGAAGAGCAAGAGGAUAGCAGAGACAACACCACCAACCAAGAAUCUGGCGACCACAUAGCUCAUGAAACCAUUGAAUCAGGCAGUGGUAGCACAUCUCGCAGGCCUAGAGGCCGACCUGCCGGUUCGAAGAACAAACCGAAACCCCCCGUCGUCAUCACCAAAGAAAGCCCUAAUUCUCUCCGAAGCCAUGUCUUAGAAAUCAGCUCCGGCAGUGACAUUGUGGAUAGCAUUGCCAAUUUCUGUCAUCGCCGACAUCACGGCGUUUCUAUCCUUAGUGGAAGUGGCAUUGUGGACAAUGUUACUCUUAGGCAGCCUGCAGCACCUGGUGGGGUUAUCACUCUUAAUGGAAGAUUCGAGAUUUUAUCACUUUCCGGUUCGUUUCUGCCUGCCCCGUCGCCUCCGGGAGCAACGAGGCUAACUGUUUAUUUGGCAGGUGCACAAGGGCAGGUGGUGGGAGGAACUGUGAUGGGGGAGCUAGUAGCAGCAGGGCCAGUUAUGGUGAUUGCAGCAACGUUUAGUAAUGCAACGUAUGAAAGAUUGCCACUUGAGGAGCAAGAGCAAGAAGGGAUGCAAUUGCAGCAGCAAGUGGAUUCGUCAGGGACUAAUAAUGGCAACGCUUCUGCAAGUGGUGGUAAUAAUCCCGGGACUCAAUCUUCUCAGGGUCUAGGUGAGCAUGGUUCAAUCCCUGUGUUCAAUUUGCCUCCUAAUUUGUUACCUAAUGGCCAAAUGCCACAUGAUGUGUUUUGGGGUCCCCCUCCUCGUCCUCCCCCUUCUUACUAAUAAUGUGAUAUAGAGAAAGAGAAGAGCUGUUAGUUUGUAUUGGAUGACUGAUUAUGUGCAAAAGUAUUUUAGACAGUUUUAUGUAAGCAUAAUGAAGAAGGUAGCUAGGACAUUUUGGUUUAGUCUGUGUGAACUAGCUGGUUCUCAUCGUUAGGUUUUGCUUGUUGUUGAAACUCUUUGAUGUUUGAUCUGUUGCUUUUCUCUGAUCAUCCUUUUGUGGAAGAA